UGCUCAGGCUCCGGGACCCCCUACAGUCCCUUCGCGUGCCUUCUACUGAAGAGCAGGAACUGACGGUUGUUUUAAAGCUCUCAAUUCCAGAAAGUUUUCUGGGGACCUGUCUAGUCGGAAAGUAGAGGGGCAGUUGUCUUGGUAUUUGAAAAGGGGGUAUCCGACGAGGCGGAGCUUGAGGGGUUGUGUCGAGUGAUUGAUAAAUCUGUCAACCAGUAAGGCUACUCUCUCUCGCCUCAGGAAAACCACAACUCCAGCUGGAUGUGUGCAUAAUAGUGUAAUCAUGAUUCUAUUUUGUUUAAUAAAAUAAUUCAUUCUUGAGAGUAGAGGUCUCGAAAGCGAAGACUGGCAUUCCUCAGUCUCACCACGGACAGUUUGCAGGCCUAUGCUGAAGAGAAGUCCCCUUAUCAAGGAGGCGUCACCCCUGGGCAAGUUCCGCGUCAGUCAAUUGACCCCUACAGUCACCAUGAUAGACGUUCUCCCAGACCAAUAGCUUCCUGGGUGGGGGCGGGUCUUACGUGGAGGGCCUAUGAGAGCUACGUCGGCUGAGCCAGUAGGAUCAGGGCAGGGGGCGUGGCGGGAAGUUUGAAACUUGUAACCUUGGGAGUUGAGCCACGAGCUGUUGUGCACCUAGAGGUGGAAUUGGGGCCCGGCAUUCCCUCCUCGUCCUGGGCCGGGCCUUGCCCCCACCCUGCAACUCCUGGUUGAGAUGGGCUCAGCCAAGAGCGUCCCAGUCACCCCAGCGCGACCUCCGCUGCACAACAAGCAUCUGGCUCGAGUGGCGGACCCCCGUUCACCUAGUGCUGGCAUCCUGCGCACUCCCAUCCAGGUGGAGAGCUCUCCACAGCCAGGCCUAGCAGCAGGGGACCAACUGGAGGAUCUUAAACCUGCCCAGGACUCAGAUCCCCGUUCUCCUACUCUUGGUAUCGCACGGACACCUAUGAAGACCAGCACUGGAGACCCUCCAAGCCCACUGGUGAAAGAGCUGAGUGAAGUAUUUGAAACUGAAGACUCUAAAUCGAAUCUUCCCCCAGAGCCUGUUCUGCCCCCGGAGGCACCUUCAUCUUCUGAAUUGGACUUGCCUUUGGGUACCCAGUUAUCUGUUGAGGAACAGAUGCCACCUUGGAACCAGACUGAGUUCUCCUCCAAACAGAUGUUUUCCAAGGAGGAAGCAAGACAGCCCGCAGAAACCCCUGUGGCCAGCCAGAGCUCGGACAAGCCCUCAAGGGACCCUGAGACUCCCAGAUCUUCAGGUUCUAUGCGCAAUAGAUGGAAAUCAAACAGCAGCAAGGCACUGGGGAGAUCCCCGCUCACCAUCCUGCAGGAUGACAACUCCCCUGGCACCCUGACACCACGACAGGGUAAACGGCCUUCACCCCUAAGUGGAAAUGUUAGUGAACUAAAGGAAGGAGCCAUUCUUGGAACUGGACGACUUCUGAAAACUGGAGGACGAGAAUGGGAGCAAGGCCAAGACCAUGACAAGGAAAAUCAGCACUUUCCCUUAGUGGAGAGCUAGGCCCUGCAUGGCCCCAGCAAUGCAGUCACCCAGGGCCUGGUGAUAUGUGUCCUCUCACCCCUUCUUUCCCAGGGAUACUGAGGAAAGGCUUGUUUUCUUAGACUCCUCCUCAACUACCAAACUAGGACUAAGAGCUUUGUUGGGCUUUCUUUGUAUCUUGUGUGUUUCUUUUAUAUUAAAGGAAGUAAUUUUAAAUGAUACUUUAAAAAGGUA